AUGGCUGAGGAUGAUGCUGAGGAGCAUGUUGAUGAUGUUGCUGUUCAUGGAUGUGAAGUUGAUUUGGAGGGCACCACAAUGGAAGGCAAAGUUGUGGAGCCUGUUGGUUCAAUGGAAGAAGGAAUUGAUGUUGGGAAUAUAGCUGAGGGGAAAGCUAUAAUAGAAGGGGAAGACGGGGAGGAUGUCGCCCCCCAGAAGAAUGGUGAAGCGGAACCCCCCGAGAAUAAAGCUGCGGAGAAUUCAGAUAGAGAAGAGGUUAUUGUAGAUAACAAGGUUGAGGAUAAUGUAGAUAAGGAGGAGAAAAAUGUAGAUAGGGAUAAUAUAGAUAAGGAGGUGGAAAAUGUAGAUAGGAAAUCAGAGAAGGAAGAGGAGCUUGUUGGUGGAGAAGGGUGGAAUGUAGAUAGCAGGGUUGGGGAGAAUGUACAGAAAGAGGCGGAGAUUGUGUAUAGGGAAGAGGGGCAUGUUGGAAGAGAAAGUGAGAAUGUAGAUAGUUAUGCCGAGGCUGUUGCUAAUAUUUCACAUGCUGAGUUGUUAAUUCUGGGUUCCACGGAAUUCAUCAAAAAUACUGAGUUAUUUGUCAUGUCAGUUCUAGCUGAGUAG